AUGAUUCGUGGAAACGGAUCUCCUGGCGCAGCCAGUAGCAACCGUUCCUCCGACGAGGCUGCUUCUCACAAUGGCUCUCCUGAGACCAAGCUCACUGCAUUCUCCCCGGAGGAUGCCCGCAUAAAGUCCCUUUUGGACAAUUCAGGUGCCAUUGGCCUUCACAGACACGAAACCAUGACUUUUACAUCUGUCCAUAAGCCGGGAAUUGGCCAGGAUGCAUUCAGGACCAUUUCGGGACCAAAUGCACGAAUCCAGCUCUCUCCCACGGCAAGCCCUUUCACUCCAGCCAGCUAUAUCCAGGGUAGAUUUACUGGAAAUGAGAGUGUCUCGGCCUUUUUGAAACAGAACGAUGUUUCCCCAGCCACAAUCAGCUACUUGGCAGCGAAUUCUGACCCGGAAACCCCAUUCACUCCAAAUGGCUCUUUCGCUCGAAACUCCCCUCCACGUUUCGGCCCGAUUGCUCCCGGUGGUCCUGUUCAUUUGACUUACCCCAAGCAGGAUGAAGCAGCUCGCUCGAAGAUGAGCUACUUGACAGCCACCUCUGAACUGGAAAUUCCGUUUACUCCGAACGGGUCACUUGCUCGCAACUCGCCUCCACGUUUCGGUACCAUUGGUCACCCUUACGUGGCUCCGACACCCAUUCAUAUGGCGUAUUGCCAGUUUGGUACUUUUGACAAGAUCAACCGCAGUCGUGCAUUUACCAUUGAAGGCGCACCGACGGACUUAGCCCACUUGACCAUUGUUAGCCUUUUUGAUCGCCAUGAGUUCAGCACUCUCAAGGGGCCUAUCCUUACUGAACUGGGCACUCAUGGAAAAAUUUAUGUCGGUUUUACCGAUAGCCGCGAUGCCAAAGCUGCUUUUGAUAAAGUCAAAAAGCAGUAUCCCGCCUGGUAUUUGCAGGCCUUGACUGCCAAAGAGUUUACUGGAAAACACGAUGCGACUUAUGUGGGUGCAACUUCUGACUAUGAAGGUUACAUCUUUGCUUCGGUUUAUUUCAAUGGCAACAAUCCAGCUGCGGAUGGAUGCGUGAUCUCCCACAAUUUCAAGAACAUUCUCGAGAAGUUCGGCGACAUCAAAGCCUUCUGCACUAUUCCCACCGAGCAGAGGCAUGUCGUUGACUUUAUGGUCGAGUUCUUCGACACUCGUGCCGCCGAAAACGUCGCUUCCACUUUGAACGGCAGUUCAGUUGAUGAAUGUAUUCUCGAGAUCAACCUCUACAGGCCCGAUGUUGUAGAGAAUCAUUACAUUGAUUUUGAACACAAGGAUGCCUCCGAUGCAGUUACAAAGCAGUCGGUCGGACGCCGCGAUAGCUUUGGACAACCAUAUGUCAAACUCAGUCCGACCGGUCGCUCAACUAUUCCCGUCGGCGAUCCUGCCAGUGAAUUUGGUUGGCUUCGCAAGGCUGAAAACAAUUUGUCCUAUCGUCAUCGUCACGAAGUUGGACGGCGUCAGGAUUCUCGUCCCAAUAACCAGAAUUAUGUUGAUAUCGAGAAGAUUCGACUUGGUCUCGAUGUCCGCACUACUAUUAUGUUGCGCAAUAUUCCCAACAAGAUUGACCAAGUAAUGCUAAAGAACAUUGUUGACGAGACCAGUUUCGGCAAGUAUGACUUUAUGUAUUUGCGUAUCGAUUUCGCCAACAAUUGCAAUGUGGGCUAUGCCUUCAUCAACUUCGAGGAUCCCAUCGAUAUUAUUGACUUUGCCAACGCUCGUGCUGGUCGUACAUGGAAUUGCUUCAACAGCGAUAAGGUCGCAGAGAUCUCGUAUGCCACCAUUCAAGGAAGAGAUUGUCUCGUUCAAAAGUUCCGCAACAGCUCCGUCAUGUUGGAGCAUCCAUCCUUCCGUCCUAAAUUGUUCUAUACUGGCAGUGGGCCACUGGCUGGUACAGAAGAGCCUUUCCCCGGCCCUGACAAUCCAUCGAAGAUGCGACGCAGCGUCGAAAAUGCCGAACACGUUGGCAUGUAUAAACUCGUGAAGACCUCCGUACCGAAACCGGGUCUCUUUGCGCCCAGAGUUGGUCAACAGUACCGUGAUGAACAGCGUCGCCGUCGGUCCCAAUACGAUCGUGGAACCACUGCCGCAGAGCGCGAGACUUACUGCCCCCGCCACUAUUAUCCUCGCCGUAAUAGCAACAGUUUUGCUCCAACAUCACGCUGGUGCGAAUUUCAGUAUCAGAACUGAAUUUUUCAAAUUUGCAACGACGACAUCCGAUGACUAUGAACGUUUUCCAACAAGAAGUGUUUGGAAUGUGAUUCGCGAUGUCCGAUUUGCUUUUUGCUCUUCUUUUCCUUUGCCCCCCACCAUCGAUUACUACUCUUUAUCUUCUACUUUCAUAAUGCUUAAAGGAGUCAGGGUAACUCGUCAGCAAUUUGGGGACGCUGCUAACUGUAUUCAAGGGAACAAGGAAGUAUCCAUUAUCAGCGCCUGUUCACGUUUAUCUUUGGGCUGCUUGGGUAUGGUGCACCGGAUUUCCCUCUCGAAGUUUUCCGCAUUUGGUUGCGAAAAUUCCAAGGUUGGAAGCCUACACCUCCUUCUUACAUAUUUUCGACAGGUAGCGGUUCCCCUCCUAUACCUUACCCCCUUUAUUAGCUUGCUGUGGACUACGAUUGAUAGCUUUUGCUUUAUCGUUGUUAUUCCUUUCUGCAGUUGCAGUUUCACACGGCUUACAGUUCUUUUAACCUUGAUGAUUCGGUGAAUGCGCCUCGACGUUGACAGAUAUUUUCGCAGAUGGAUGUUGCACAUGUAAGAUAAUUUCGGUGCGUUGUUCUUGUGCUGAUGCUUUGCUCUCGCUGGGAAUCUUAUGAAAAAGACAAAAAAAAAAAAAAUAUUUUUUUCUCUUUGUACUUAAGAGGAGCGAAGGCUACCUAUCUAAUUAUUGUGGAAUACGACCAUCGGUCUCCCACGC